AAAAGCAUCCCAUCCCGGUCUCUCUGCCCCCCACAUGUGCUUUGGAAGGAGCACCCGCUCAUCCCAUGGAAGUGAAAGCUGUAGGCAUUGAUUUGAAAGAAAACAAACAGGCUCCUUCCCCCCCCGGUUACCCAACAGCUCCUUGCAGACAGGAGGUGCUCAGUGGGGCUCAGGCUCGUGGUGAGUCCUUGCACUCGUUUGAAAAGUUUCCUUGCCACUGGGCUGGGUUCUUCAGAUGAAGAAACCAACCAGAAAAACAACAUCCUCAUUGCUUCACCUGCCCCUGUGCCACUCUCGCUUUGCUCUGCCCCAUGGCAGAGACCAUUAACACCCCUCAGCGUGAGCCCAGGAUUGCUGGCAGGUCCCAUUCUGUGCACAGCUCUGCCCCGGGCUCACAUCCCCCCCAUAUCCCCCUCCCCACAGCCGCAAUGCCGCUGUCACAGAGCAGAGCCGGGCCGAUGCCGUGCAGCAGCAAAGUGUGCAGGAACCUCUUCGGCCCCGUAGACCACGAGCAGAUCCAGAACGACUUUGAGGAACUGUUGAGGCAGCAGCUGGAAGAAGCUCAGCGGCGCUGGAACUUCAACUUCGAAACGGAGACGCCCCUGGAAGGGCAUUUCAAGUGGGAGAGGGUCCUGCUGGCAGAGCAGCCCUCCCGGGGGGCCUUCAGCUUGGCCAAGGCCACCAGCGGGGGGGAUAAUGGGAGCUCAGCACCCUGCAGGGUCGCCCCCAAGGAUGGUGUCGAUGGGGUCCAUCAUGGGGCAGCCCAGCAGAGCUCGGAGCCCACCAGGGUCGGUUCUCCACAGCGCUUGAAACGUGGGCAGACCACCGUCAAAGAUUUCUACAGCUCCAAGAGAAGAGUUGUCCACGACAAGCCCAAGCUGUGACUGCUGCUGCUGGGGAUGGAUGCUGAUGCUGACGUGCCCUGGGGGUGUCGUGGCUCUUUCCCUGCCCUGUGCUGUCUGAGCUGUCUGUAUGAAGCGAUGCUGAGUCUGUAGUUCCCUAUUUAUGAAUAGCUCUGGGCUCCUGAGGGGCCCACAGUGUGUGCAAUGUAUAGGAGGAGCUGAUGCUGAAGACCGUGGAAAGGACUGAGGAGGACUGGAAUGGAGCAAGCGGGGCUGAGAGUGUCCCCUGCUCUGUGUUGGUGUGGUCCUUGCAGCAUCCUGGUGCCCAGCACUGCCUGUUGCCUGGCAUGAAGCAGCUCCAAAACCUCAGAGUCUCACUGGUGUGGAUCACGGCUGGGUGUGAGCCCUGCGUGGAGCUGCUCCCAGUGACUCAGCGAUGCAUUUGUCACGGAGUGGUGACAAACGUGCUGGAGGUGCCCCGUGGGGCCAGCACUGCUCAGGAGGUGCUGGGCUGCUCCAGGUUCUGCUGACCCUUGGCUGGUGGUGUUCCUGGCGUGCUGUUGGCUUGCUGUGCCUCGUUCAAUGCUGACACUAAGCUGGAUGGAGAGCUGCUGCUGCUUGGCACUGCCAGGCUGCUCGAGGGGCGGAGUGCUGCUCAGCAGCAGCUGGAAGAAGUGACAGCCUUCUCCUGGACUAUUUCCUACUUUAGAGCUGGGGGAGAGGACCCUGGCCUGGCUCUGCAGAGCAGCUGCUGUUGUCUCUGUGACCCAGGGACGUCCUGUAGGAUGCAGCCCUGCUCCGAGGCUCUCAGUGCUGUUGGAUCUCAGCACUUCCACUGGGUUCCCCUCCUGCCCCUCUGUGCUGGGACUCGAAGUGGCACAGGAUGGUCCCAGGCAGAGGAGGUGGGCGCUGCUCCCAGCUCAUACCGUGAUGCACUUUGCUGUCAGAGAUGCUGGCAGCUGCCCAGCACUAAAUGUUUAUUUAUGAAAACGCUAUUGAGGCUUCUUGGAAGGGGAAAUACCUGUUUGUCUGUGAGUGUAACUGAAUAAACACUUGUCUCAUGGAA